AUGCACUGGUAUCUUUUCAUGGAGGAGUCAGGACUGAAGACACAGGUGCCAUUAGAUACCAUAAACAAAAGAGUAGAGAGGCUGAUACUAUGGAUAGCCUAUGAAAGUGCUGUUACAGGACUGAAUCUUCAUGCAACUGACAAUAAUCUUCUGAGUUCUUCUGAUGACCAGUAUUGGGCUUUCUCUGACAUUUCUCUGGCCACUUCUCACCAAGAUGAAACUGAUUGCUGUGCUCUCUUCUGUGCUGCGUUUCACCCUAACGGGGUUAUUUUGGAGACAAGAAUGAUGGACUCCCUGAUUAAGAUUUUGGAUUUAAAGGAACAGACUAAUGUAACAAAUGUCCCUGGACACUCCGGUCCCAUUACUAGGAUUCUCUUAUCUGAAACUGGCUACUAUUUGGCCACUGGCGCUGACUCCUGUCAACUCUGGGAUCUCCUAAAGAAUUUUGUGAAGCUGAAGAAUUUGAAAACACUGCUGCUGGAUAAUGUUAAUCAUAGUGAUACGUAUCUAGCCAUGGGUGGUAUUGAUGUGUAAGCAUUCAUCUGUAAGCAAUGGAUAAAAGUUCUUCACUUCACAAAGCAUAGUAGGCUUGUGGGAGUAGCCUUUGGGCACCACAUUAAAUUCCUUGAUUUUGCAGGCAUGGACAGAAGCCUGAGAUUCUACAGUUUGUAGCUUGUUUCUAGACUGUGAAGAAGGUUGAUCCUAAUCUUUUGCUGUAAUGAAAAGAUAUAGAGUAAAUAUGAAGCGUUGAAUGGGUGGAUG